UGCUGACAUCUUUAACCUGUCACUAUCUCAGGCUGUAGUUCCCCGUAUCUUUAAAUCCUCCAUCAUCAUACCAGUCCCCAAAAAACCAGACACACCCACCUUAAAUGACUUCAGGCCAGUGGCACUCACACCAGUCGCCAUGAAGUGCCUAGAAAAACUGGUCCUCACCCACAUCAACCACACGGUCCCGGACAAUGUCGACCCCCUCCAGUUUGCAUACCGCCCCAACCGAUCAGUGGAUGACGCGGUAGCAAUAGCUCGACACCACACUCUGCAACACCUGGAAAGCCGCAGAACGUAUGCCAGAAUGCUUUUCCUGGACUAUAGUUCUGCCUUUAAUACCAUCCGCCCGGGAAAACUAAUCAAGAAGCGGACAGACCUCGGCGUCCCAACUCCAACCUGCAACUGGAUUCUGGACUUUCUGACAGAAAGACCCCAGGUGGUGAAAAUGGGAGGACGGGUGUCCACCGAGCUCACAGUCAGCACAGGAUCCCCACAGGGCUGCUGCCUGAGCCCCAAACUAUUCACCCUGUACACCCAUGACUGCACCUCCACAGGACAACACCAUCCUCAUCAAAUACGCCGAUGACACCACCGUCCUGGGGCUCAUCAAGGGGAGCGGGGAUGAGUCGGGCUACAGGACCCUGGUGAACAACAUCCUGGUCUACGGAGAGGAGAACGACCUCAUCCUCAACACAAACAAGACCAAGGAAAUAAUACUGGACUUCAGGAAGAACCCUCCCCCUCUACAGCCUCUCAUCAUCAAAGGGACUGAGGUGGAGAGGGCUGACGGGUACAGAUUCCUGGGAAUGCAGGUGACAUCUGACCUGAGCUGGACUCUUCACACCACAGCCACGGUGAAAAAGGCCCAGAAAAGGCUUUAUUUCAUCAGGAUGCUCAGGAAAGCUGGUCUGAACCGUCGCCCUCUCACCCAGGCCUAUAGAGGACUGAUAGAGAGCAUCCUCACCAGGCAUCACUGUGUGGUAUGGAAACACCACACAGGCAGAGAGGAAGGCUCUGCAAAGAGUCAUAAGGACCGCGGAGAGGAUCACAGGGACACAACUUCCGUCCAUGGACUCUAUGUAUGUGCAGCGCUGUCGGAAAAGAGCAGAGGGAAUCAUUGGAGACUCACUUCAUCCAGCUCACUCUCUGCUCAGACACAAACACUGCACAUACAACCUGAGACACAGCAGAGCGGACAGCAUCGUCACCCAUAGGACACGCUUCUUCAACAGCUUCUUCCCUGCCACAGUCAGACUGAUGGCACAACACAGCUACUGAGAAAGAGGCACUCCUUGAAACUGUGAAAAAUGUGCAACAUUACAAUCAGUGCAAUAGCCCCACACAACCUUCCCCCAACAUCUGAACAUGUGCAAUAUCCCCAUAUCACUGUCCCCUCCCCCUCCUUCUUUCCUUUUACAAGCCAGCAACGUGUUCCUUGUUUCGGGGGAACGCAGGCCGGUGAUUGGAGGAGCGCAUGUUGUGGGCGGGAGGAGCGGUCCCCCGUGUCCGGGUGCUGCAGCCGGGCAGAGGGAGAUGGAUGAGCGGCGUGGGGAGGGCACAUCCAGCGACACCGCGAGAGCACGACCGACCUCCACCAGGCGGUGAUUGUUGAAGCAGACAUGGACGGAGGCUGGACUGUCACUUUGAUAUCGGUGGCGAUGUUUGUGGGUUGCUUUGCACUUGGAUUCAUCCCACUGCUAUUCAGUCUUUCUGAGAGAAGACUGCAGCUCGUCUCCAUCCUGGGGGCAGGACUCUUGUGUGGGACCGCUCUGGCCAUCACCAUCCCAGAGGGAGUGAGCCUACUGGAAGGGUCGUCGAGAGUCUCCUCUUCCUCCUCUGAUGUGCCGUCCGGUCUGAACGCCAUUGAGAACAAUCGAAACGGCUCCGCCCCAGAGAAAGGCCUGGCACCUCAGCUCCUCAUCGGGCUGCCGUUGACUUUCGGGUUCACCUUCAUGUUUGCAGUGGAUCAGAUCGCGAGUUACCUCUCCACGCGGGACCGAGCGACUCGUUUGCCGAACACUGUCGGCAUCACCGCCACGUUGGGACUGGUUAUUCACGCUGCAGCGGAUGGAUUUGCUGUGGGUGCAGCUGUGGCCACGGGUCAAGUGACAGUGCAGGUUAUAGUGUUUGUAGCUGUGAUCCUCCACAAGGCGCCUGCAGCUUUUGGUCUGGUCUCCUUUCUGAUGCACGCAGGCCUUCAAAGAAAAUACAUUCAGGGACAUUUACUGGCCUUUUCAGCGGCGGCACCAAUACUCGCCAUCUCAACUUACUUCAUAUUACACGCAUCCGGCCGUUCGACUGAGAACCAGCUCAGUGCGACAGGUGUGGGGAUGCUCUUCUCGGCCGGGACGUUCCUCUAUGUGGCCACGGUGCAUAUUCUCCCCGAGAUCAGCAGGACGGGCCAAGCCGAGGACCCCCAUCAGCACCACCUGGGGCUCCUGCAGAGCGUCACUCUGAUCCUCGGGCUCGGGCUCCCGACGGUUCUGGCUCUCGGGCUGCACGCCGACUCAGAAGGAAACGUCUGAGCCACUACAUCUGGAAAGAUAAACUCCUCGAGUUCACCUCACUGUGUUUUAUUUUCAGUGAAACUGGCCUUUAAGUCAAGCUAUUGUUUUAGUUUCAAGGUGUAAAUCAUGCGAAUGCCAUCCAUUGUCCACGGUGGAAUGAGUUUCCCUUCCAAGAAUGGCAUAAGGGUUUCAUUGUUUGCCUUCUCAUGGCCCGUUCACCAAGGCAGUCGGCAUGCAGUGAAAUCAGUGACUUGAUACAUUUUAAAGAACUAAAUAAUCUGAUACAGUACGAGAUCUACUUUGUUUCUCAGUCAGACUUUGUCUGUAAAUGUGACCAAGGCUUAGUACAGGGGUGGGCAAACUUUUUGACCUGCGGGCCACAUUCGGUUCUAAAAUGUGACAGAGGGACCGGCCAGGAGCAUUUGGACACGCAAUGUAAUUUAUUAAACCUGGAGAUUGCGUCUGUUUUUUAUACAUUUCAAUUUAAGGUGCAAAGUUAAAGUAAUCAACAUUUACUGGAAAGAGAUCAACGGAAUCACUUUCAACAUUCAAAACAAAUUACCCAACGAAAUACUCAAGCUCAAUAAUUUCUAAUUGUUUUAAACCCCGCAAAAUAAUGGACGGAUUGUCCUGAGAGAUAGACUGUAUUAAAUAUCCUGCCUGCAGCAGAAACUAGAAAGGGGUCUUUAAAGUCAGGGCGAUGUGCGGCGUCAUCUGGUCAGCAUGUGUAUGAACCCCGUCACAAACAGACUGACAGCGCUUUACUCGAGAAAAUAUGACCCUAAAGCUGACAAUUGAAGUUCGAUUUUUAAAAAUUAUUCAUAUCUCUUCUGAAAACACACCUUUACUCAUGUGGACGAACUGUUUUGGUGUUUGAAAUUGGUUUACCAAAGGUCAUAGGUUCACAAAAGCAGUGAAAUAUCUGAAUACAAUGCUAGAUACAUGUACUUGCACCUGUCCAUCCUGGACAGGGAUCCUCCUGUUCUCUCCUUGAGGGUUCUUCCCUUUUUCCCCCUGAAGGGUUAUUUUGGAGUUUUUCCUGAUCCGAUGUGAGGUCAAAGGUCAGGGAUGUCUAUAUGCACAGAUUGUAAAGCACUCCGAGACAAAUUUGUAAUUUCAAAUAAACUGAAUUGAAUAAAUGAGGAAAACCAAA